AUGAACAAAAAGGAAGAUCUUACUCAUCAGAACGCAUCUGAAAGUGACAAUGAUGAAGUUGAUGGCAACAAUAUAUGUGGUUUCAGAAAGAAAAAGGGAGUCAAAAGUCCUACAAAGUGCAUUCCUCCUUUAGAAAAUGAGAAGAUGGAGCUGUCAAAAAAUCAAACCUCAAAAAUCCCAGAUCCUUGUCCCCUUCAAGCAACAGCUGGCCGUUCAGAACCACCACCAGACCAGUCUUUUCAAAAUCUGACUAACUUUCCUCCAGCACAAAAAGGCAGAGGGGUUCGUGACAGUUCCAAUACUGGCAGCGGCAUGAAAGAAGACAUGUCUGGAGAAACACGAGAAACCCAGGAAAAUGCUGACACUGGGAAAAGAGUAAUAGGAAAAACGCAGAAGGAAAUAGGUACACCAGCUAAAACGGAGCAGCCCAUGGGUGCACAACCUGGGAAGAGCUCAGGGAAAGCUGGGUGCACGGAGGCGGCGCGCGGGGGACAGGGCAGGGAGGAGGCAGAGAGUAAGAAAGGAGAGCGGGGUGGGACAGAAGAAAAAGAUGUCAAGUUUUACGUGGCAAAGAUGAGCUCCCUGGGCAGUGCUGUGACCACACGAGGAAGCGGUGCUGCAGAGCCCUUCACGGGGGAACCUGACAUUUCUAAAAGAAGUUUGCAAGAGCUGAAGAACCUGCUGAGUGAGGGUCCUCUGUCUGAUUAUGGGCCCCAUGUCAGUGGCAAGGUGGGUGGCACUUUUUCUCAGAAAAAUUCAAAGCCCCGGGAGAAAGCAGCUGACAAGCAGGGCCGACCCUUUGAGACUUUUAGUCCUCGUUUUGGAGAGGAGAAUCGAAAGUACUACAGCUUCCACAAGGAAGGAGUAGGGCAGCAGAGCAAACCUCUCCUGGUCCUCAGCUCUGCUGGGUCUGACCAGCAGCAACCAGUGGGAAGUGACGUGGAUCAACUUAUUCUGAGACUACCUGCAGCUUCUACACAUGUGGAAAACACAGCUCCUGAGAUUGAGUUUGACUCCUCUGCAGGCCACGCCGCAUCCAGCAGAGAGCCUGAUGUAAACAGCCUCGAAAGUCCAACUCUCCUUCACUUGUUCUCUCAUAUUGAAUUUAUUAAGCAGCAGAUGGCCAGGGACAACGUACAGUUUGUCAGAUUUGAAUCGAUAGACCUCCACGGUGUGUCAAGAUCAAAGAAUGUUCCUUCUCGCUUUUUUCAUGAGAAAGCAAUUCAUGGUGUUGCCAUGCCCAGAAGUUAUCUUGAGCUGACACUGAAUCCUAAAGAUAAUGAAUUAGAUUACAUAAAUGCAACCAAUUUUAAUUGUGACAUAAUCCUGAACCCUGAUUUAUCAACGUUUCGAAUACUGCCCUGGACUGAGCAAACUGCGAGAGUGAUAUGUGAUUCCUUCACUGUGCUGGGCAACCCGCUAAUGACCUCACCGAGGCACAUUGCCAAGAAACAGCUGAGCCAGCUUCAGGACAAUGGCUUUUCUCUGCACUCUGCCUUCACUUAUGAAUUUUGUAUUUAUGGCAUUACUGAGGUUGUAAAUUCGAAGACAAUAUCCUUUCCUGCAGCCACGAUACUAAAUAACCAUGACCAGACUUUUAUUCAGGAGCUCAUUGAAGGAAUGUAUUAUGCUGGUGCCAACAUUGAGAGCUUUUCUUCUUCCAGUGGGCCUGGACAAAUGGAGAUCACUUUUCAUCCAGCAUUUGGCAUAGAUGCUGCCGACAGUGCCUUCACAUUUAGAACAGGCAUUAAAGAGGUGGCUAAGAAGUAUAACUACGUGGCUAGCUUUUUCUCAGAAUCCGGGUUCUAUAAUUCAGGGCCUCUGUCACAUAGCCUGUGGGAUUUGAAUGGCCAGAAGAAUUUGUUUUCUGCUGGUUAUGGAGUUGAAGAUCUCUCAGAUAUUGGAAAAAAUUGGUUAUCAGGUCUCUUGGCACACACAGCGGCUAUCAGCUGUUUGAUGGCUCCUACCACCAGCUGCCGUAAGCCUUUUUCUAAAUACAGUAAAGAAACAAAAGAGACUGUAAAUGCAAAGUGGGCAUAUAAUGAUAACAGCUGUGCCUUUAACGUCAAAUGCCAUGGUGGAAAAGGCACUCAUAUAGAGAAUAAAUUAAGUUCUGCUACAGCAAACCCCUACCUGGUGCUUGCUGCAACUAUUGCUGCCGGUCUAGAUGGAGUAAAGAGAGGACUCAGGUAUGAUGACAUGCUCCAAGAAGAAAAUCACGCUGCUGAUCUGAAACAUUCAUCAAUCCCUUUGAAACUAGAAGAUGCUCUUGUUGCACUCGAGAAAGAUUCGUGCAUUAGGGAAGCAUUAGGGGAAACUUUUGUUCGAUACUUUGUUGCCAUGAAACACUAUGAGUUAGAAACUGAAGAAAUGGAUAGCGAAAGGAAUAAAUGCCUGGGAUAUUUUAUUUAG